GUGAACGCGUCGCUAAUGAGUGUUGACUCGCCCUACUAUAAAAAAAAAUUGUUAAUUCUGGUAAACGGCGCUAGAAGCUAGAACGGAUUAUUAAAUAGGGCCAUUGAGGCAUUUAAAAUCUUCCUGUAGUAAAUAUUUUCGUUAUUAUAAUGAGUGCAGACAAUAUUGAAAAGUUAUACCAAAAUUAUGGUAUUCUCGCCGACGCCAAAGAUGACAUAGCUAAGCAUGAAAAAGAAUAUUUGGAGAUAUUGGCGGCAGUGAAAGGAUCUGAUAAAGAGAAGCGAUUGGCGUCGCAAUUUAUUGCAAAAUUCUUCAACAGUUUUCCUAAUUUAGCGGACCAGGCUAUUGAAGCCCAAUUCGAUCUAUGUGAAGAUGACGAUGUGGCGAUACGCAAGCAAGCUAUCAAGGAUUUGCCAAUAAUGUGUAAAAAUAAUAGAGAGCACACAACCAGGAUCGCUGAUAUCCUUGCACAACUGCUACAGUCAGAGGAUGCAACAGAAAUUAAUGUUGUCACUAAUUCACUUGUAACAAUAUUGAAAACUGACCCAAAAGGGACAUUGUCUGGUCUAUUCUCACAAAUCCAUCAAAGUACUGACAGUGAAGUUCCCAAUGAAGUUGUACGGGAACGGUGCAUUAAGUUUUUAGCCACAAAAGUAAAGCAGUUAGGGAGAGAAGUUAUUGACAAAGAUUGUGAAGACAUUAUUAUUGCCGAAGGGAAAAAGAUCCUGCAGGACUCUGUUGCUGAAGAAUUGGAACACAUAAUGGAUUUGUUGAUAUGGUCAAAACUUGGUAAGACUCCAGCUGGAAAGAAGGAACUGACUCAGCUGAUAGCAGCACUAGCUUUUACUCCAGAAGACUGGCACCCUGAAGAUCCUGAAUAUAUUGAUAGACUUAUUCAAUGCACACAACAUGCUCUGCCACUGUUCACUGCACAAGUUGAGUCCACCCAAUUUGUCAACAUAUUCUGUGACCAUGUCCUUGGACGUUGGAAGGAUAUUGCUGCUACAAGUGGUGAAAAUGAUUUGAAACUUGAAUUACUUAAGAUAUUUGCUGAAGUCACAGAACAUUGUGGAGAAAUUGAAAAUGCUGAAGAUAAAAUUAAAACCACAUAUGAUAUGUUACUGAACUACUUACCGGAAGCUCCUGUGGAAAAAGAAGAAGAGAAGGCUGCCAAAACUGAAAAUGAUGAAAACAAACCUGAGGAUACCAAGUCUGCUGCUCCAUCUUUACAAUUUUCACAUGUGGAAUGCGCCCUUUUUGCACUACAUUCUUUGUGCAGGAAAGCUCCAGAUGCACUUGGUGCUGAUGCUGCAAGAAUUAAAUCUUUACGCCUUAGGCUACAAUACACUGCAAGACUCACUCAGGGAUAUAUUAAAAAGCUAAAAGAAGUUACACAGGGUAAGAAAGGUGAAGAUGCUAAUACAGAAGAAAACAAACUGAAACUGGUAGCUUUGAAGACAACCUCAAACAUUAACACUCUAAUAAGAGACAUAUUCCGUACUCCGCCUAGCUUCAAAAGUAAAGUGCAACUUUCUUUCCAAUCUAAGAAGGCUGAAAAAGAGGCAACACACUCAAUUGAAGCUGAAGAAGUAGACAAGCAGACAUCAGGAUCAAAGAGGCACAGACCAAUAACUUUUGACAAUCGCGAUCAGAAAGAAUCACCAGAGAAGCGACCUCGAAGUGGUGACAGAAACUUAAAGAUGUAUACACCACCUUCAGGAAAAUACAGUUCUAGAUUAAACAACUCUGGACGAUUCUCUGGUUCCAACUAUGGUAGGGGCAGGGGUGGUUAUGGGAGAAGGGAUUUUCGAAACAAUGGUGCGCCAUUUAAAAGGCGUAACAACUUGUAAGAACAAAAGAGAUACAUUUGAGCCAUGACAUUAGACAAUCUUCUAUUUAAUGGAAAAACAGCAAAUGGCUGUAAAUUAUUAAAGUUGAUGUGAAAUGCAUAAGUCUGGACCACCUACCUACUAUUAUUUUCUAUAUAAUAUGGUAAAGAAAUGCAUUCCAAGAGAUAAAUUGCAAAUGCAAUGCAAAAUCAACUAGAUUCAAAUUGGGUGUUUUGUAUCUAUCUUUUUCAGAAUGCCUCGUUGCUCUAUCUCUAUCUUGGUUGUGUCGGUCCUUGUUAAAGCUAAUUUAGCAAGAGUCAAUUUUCUUAGACUGUAGUGGUUUAUUGCAGGUAGGUCGAUGUGGCUGAAUGCUGAAUUGUUGCUGCUAAAUGUUUUAAGUUCUAUUUAAUAGUACAUGUACGUAAAUACUUUCUUUCAUGCUGUAGACAGUAAGUAUUUGAUUAUCCAAUAUCAUAGUUUAUAUCGAGAAGAUUCUAGGAGUAAAAUGAUAUGACUACAAACUUCUAAAUUUGUAAGUAUUUUAGUUUUAAGUUACUAUAUUAUAUUUUGGUUCAGUCAUAGUCAAGUAAACAAAUAAAUCAUAAGUCAUGGAUGGAAACAAGGGAUGAUCCUGUUAAAAGUAAGUACAUAAAUGUUUUUUAACCAUUAUUAUCUCACACAGGCAUUAUCAUCUAGAGGGGGAAACUGAAGCAAUGCUUGGAAUUCAAAUUGGACAAUAGCUGUAAUUGAAUAUUGUUUCAGAUUUCUUUAUUUGACAUCUUUUAAUCCCAAGGAAGUUCACACACAAUUAAUCGCAACAUUUUUAUUUCAUCAUAAUAAAAAAAUUAGAAAAUCC